CCGGACGAAGGCAACAAAACGACAGAGAGAAAAAGAGAGAGGAAGAGAGAGAAAUGACUUCUAAGUGAUGGACAGGAUCAGGACUUCAUUUCUGACCAUGACUGCGUUGCUGUGCCGAGUGUGCCUGCUGGCUCCGCUGCUGCCCAUGCUGCUGCUGGGGAUGCGUGCGGUGGCCGUGUGUCCCUCCAUGUGCUCCUGCAGCCGAGGCCACCGCACCGUCGACUGCUCCAACCGGGGACUCUCCCAGCUGCCUGACGGCCUCCAGCACAACAUCCGCUUUCUCAACGUUUCUCACAACCACCUGCAGGACCUGGACGGUCUCCUCGGCCACUUUGCACACCUGAGAACGCUGGACGUGUCCCACAACCGCUUGCACAAGUUCCCCUCGGGCCUCCCGCGGGCGCUGUGGGACAUCCGUGCGUCCAGGAACUAUAUACGGCACCUGGAUAAGAACGACACCGCCUACCACUGGAACCUGCAAAUGCUGGAUCUGUCAUGGAACGAGCUGGACCGUGUGGUGUUCAUCAACAACACACUUCCGGCCUUGCAGGCACUGAACCUCAGCCACAACAAGUUCUGGACCAUGCCCACCAACAUGCCCCACAACCUGCAGACGGUGGACAUCUCGCACAACUAUCUUCUGCAGAUCUUGCCCGGGUCACUUGACCGGCUGCCGAGACUAGAGAAGUUCUAUCUCCAUGGCAACCGCUUUGCUUGGGUAGGAGAGGGAACAUUUGUGCAUCUGGAGGGCCUAAAGUUGCUGACACUUGGGGACAACCCAUGGGCUUGUGAUGAAGAGGAGAACAUCACACACCUGCUGGUGUGGGUGCAGCAAACCAACGCCCGCGUGUUGGGAUGCCCGUGCCACACUCGGCACACCUGCGGGGAGGCCCACCUCGCCACAGGCACCUGGCAUUCCUACGCCUCCUACACAGAACACCCGCUGGGCACUGACGCACGCAAUCGUCUCCUACGUGAGCCGAGUGACCUCAACGGACCGUCAAUGCAGGCAGUGACCUCAGGUUACCUGUCCAAGUGGGCGCUUAUUAACCCACGCCACCAAGGCAACGGGAGCCUCUCGGCUGAGGUCUCAGAGCAGACACUAUCCAGAGAGGCCAGCACAGUGCUGCCGGUCACGCCUCACCGCGGCCUUGGAGCCAAAACGAGCACAGCUGCCCACACAAGGGGCACCAAAAAAGUGAUCCCAGUACGGGCACGCAGCACGAGCUGUGGCCUGCACGCUACAAUGGGCCAGACGCUUGCCUCCAACCUUUUCAUUGCCAUAGCGAUCCUCAAGGGCUUGUGAUUGUCACACUCAUGAACUUUAGCCUCAUCUGUCCAUCAGUAGUCUGUUCUUACCCUCUCUGCAAAUGUGAUGAAGUUGAUUUUGGCUACUGAUUAUAAAGGCCUUCUGAAUUGCCCUCUCUGGCCCGAUCCUCCCAUUGCCUCCCCGAUUGUCUCCCUGUCUGGCUUGAAUGCAAACAAAACAACAAUAGACACAGAAUGUGAUAAAAAAACAACACAUAACUAAACAGUGUGCAUAUGAUGUAUUGACUCUCUCUGUCUUUCUGCUUUCAAACUCAUAAGCCGACCUAUGAAAAAUGUAGUUGGAAAAAUGUAUGGCUCUACAAUGGAUAACCAUAUAUUCUGGAAAAAAGUA